UAGUUGCUAUGGUUGGUCAUCUAAUCCAAUACCUGCAUCUCCACCAUUGUUUGGCUGCCGAGAAAGAGAGAGAAAGACCGAGACUGGUCGUCUCUAAAAGACAAAGACCAACGACCACCUUUUUAUUCUUCUUCUUCUUAUCGUGUACGUUUGAAGCAACAAAUAUUUUCCCCAUACCUUCUACUGUUAUUAUUAUGGUAUAAUAAAGCGUAUUAUUCAAUAUUCAAUAUUGUAUAUGCUUCUCUGUUUCUCAUCUUUCUCGUUCAAAGCCCGCCACAACCCAGGCAACUCUCUCUCUCUCUCUCUCUAGUUGGACUUCGGAGCUUCCUAAGGCUCUGCUGAGUUCGAUUCUCUGCUCAAAAGAUAGUGGCUGCAAUUCAAUCCAUUAUCACUCCGAGUAGGUUUGGAGGACCAGCUGUGGUUGUGGAAAUAAAUGGGAAAGCCAUUGAGGCGCCAAGACAGUGAUGUUGGGGUUGAGGAGAAUCAUCCAGGCUGCAUAUGGGGCAUAUUUCAUAUUCUUGACUACCACCAUUGGCAUACCGUCAAGAAGAUCCUUCCACACAAAUGGCACCGUGGCAGAAGACAUGCUAGAUGUGAUAAAAAUCUACGAGAACAUUUGAUUGACAGUGGCACUGGCACUGGCAAAGCACAAGACUGCAUGGAUGAUGAAGCAGACCAGUCUGUUGUGAAACAGAGUACUACAGAAACUAACCAAGCGAACAAAAGGUCUGGCAAAGCCCGCGGUAAAGAGACAGGGAAGAAAGGGGGUCCAAUACAUCGUGUUUUGCGCUUCCCUGGACAACCUCGGUUGUGGCAAACUGUUUCAAUCCAUCAUCUAGAACCUUCAGAUCCUCGGCUUGGUGAAAGAAGCACUGCUGCUGCUGUAUUGCCGGAUCCACCUAUUCUAAAAGCCUCCGAGGAGCUAGCUGCCGGGAAUUUUGUGGACUACUUGGGGCAUACCCGGGAUGCUAAGAAGCAUGGGAUAUUUCAUAAGAGAAGUGAGAAAGCAAGGAAAGCUUCAGUGUAUCAGAAUAUCAUGGAUUCUGACCAGCUCAACAGAGAUAUUUCAGGUCAUCAGCUAAAGGAAUGUGUGGAUGUCUUGGAGCUAUUACGCAUAAACAAGGAGUUAUUUGUGAAGAUUCUACAAGACCCAGAUGUCGGCAUUGCAAAUCGUUUUCAUAGCCUGCAGACCUCCAAUUCCCAAAUAAAAUUAACCAAAUCAGGGUCAUUUCCUACAGCUGAUUUGGCCCGCCGGAGAAAUUUCAAGCCUAGUAAAUUCGAACACAAGCAGAAUGAAAUUUGGUCCUUCCCAAAGAGAGAAAAACUGCUUCCUAGUGCUCAAGCACCAAAGUUGGUAGCAUCCAAGUCUUCAAAGGAUGUCCGUGUGGCUGAUGAUUUUAUAGGCAGUGCUCCAGAACAAGAAAAAAGUUUGGUGAAGAACCAAGAGGAUGUAAAUCAUUUGGCAGAUACUAAGCAGAGAACAGAAAAUGCUACCGAAGAGAGCACAAAGGUGAGUAACCUCCUCGUCCAUGGAAGCUUGUCCACAGAUGAGAACGAGGUGGCUGAAUGGAGAAGGGAGAGUACAAUAGGCCAAGAUGGUGUAGACAAGCCCAGGGAUGACAGUGCAACUGAUAUCCCUGGCUAUGAACACAGCAAGGGUGGAGUCUACAGCAGAAGAACAUCUUUUCCAAAUGACUCAUUGGACAGAUAUGCUCAGUUGUUUGAGCAUGGUUUCAGGAGAGAGGGCAGGUGGCAUCACUCUAAGAGCUUAAAAGUGACAAAUGAGAAUGAUUUUCCAUCAGGGGGGCAUGGUCGGAAAACAGCCAGAAGGAAUCUGUCUCUGCCUGAGUUCAAUUUUUAUUGUGCACAACCAAAUGAGUUGUCUUCUGAUGCCCUUUGUUCAGGGAAACCAAGUAGGACUUCUUUGGAUAGCACUACAAAUAUCACAAGAGAGAGUCACAAUGAACCAAAACCUGUAGACUUUCCUUCAAGUACAGAGGAAUGUGUAGCAUUAGAAGCUGUUAUAGGCACUGAAUUUCAAAAAGACUUGGUAGAUGAAAGUGACAGUUAUAAUCCAAGUAUUGAGUAUCCGGCUGGGUCUUCAGUAGAUUUAGAUUACCAGAAUGGGUUUAGUGAGAAUGCAGAUGAGCUACAUAUGGAGAAGAGCUAUGGACAGGAAAAUAUUUUACUCACAGAUGCUGUUGCUGCAGAGACUGAAGAUAGCAAAAAGAUUGUACAAGGAAGUGAUAGUGGUCCAAGUGUUGAAUGCCCCGCUGGAUUAAUGGUAGGCAUAAAUGAUGACGGUGGGCUUAGUGAGGACAUGUUUGAGCCAAUAAUGACGGAAAACAGCCUUAGCCAAGAACAGGAGGUGGAUCUUGAGAAGAAUUCCAACACCGAGCUUGCACAACCAAGUCCAGAUUCUGUUCUUGAGUCCUGUUUCCAAGAUGUCAUAACUACCCCAGCAAAGUCGACAUUUUCAGAAGGCACAGAGUUGAAACCAAGGCGCAUUGAUUUUGACGAGUCGGAUACUUUGAUCAACUCAGAGGGCAGGUCCAGCACAGAUGAAUUGUCACACGUUUAUGUCACAAUAAACCAUGAGAAAGUUAAAAAUGGAAACAAGGGUGCCUACAAUCACUUCCUGGAUGAUGAACCGGUUAAAAAGGAUGAAGCAGAGUUCAAUUAUGUGAGGGACGUCCUUGAGCUAUCAGGCUUCACUGGGAAGGAGUACCUAGAAGCAUGGCACUUGUUAGACCAGCCAUUGAGCCCCUCAGUGUUCGAGGAAAUGGAGGCCUGCUUGCCCCACGAAAACCAAUGCUCCAAGGAGGAGGUCGGUCCAAGCUGUGAUCACCAGCUUCUGUUUGACUUGGUUAACCAGGCGUUGCUCGAGAUCUAUCAAAGAUCAUUCACCUACUGCCCAAGAGCAUUGUCAUACAGCUGCCGUGUCCAUCCAAUGCCUGUAGGCCAUCAUGUUGUUGAGGCGGUCUGGGCAAAUAUUCGCUGGCGCCUGAGCUCGGGACAGGAGAAGGAGCUGACACUGAACGAUGUUGUGGCUGGAGAUUUGGCAAAGGAUGAUGGUUGGAUGAAUCUCCAGUCGGAAACAGAGUGUUUGGCAUUGGAGAUGGAGGAUAUGAUUUUCCAUGAACUCUUGGAUGAAAUGCUUUGUUGUUGAAGAUUAUUGAGACUAGAGAAAGGAGCUUCUUGGCCAGCCUUGUACAUGAAAUUUUGUUUCUGGUCAAUUUCCAUGAAGAAAUAUUGUCCAUUGGAAUUUGUAGAUAGGGUUUGAGAUAGGAGGGUGUCUUUUGUUGUGGAUUGUAUUCCAAAAAAUUUGUGUUUUACAUUUAACACAAUCUGACUUCUUUUUUGAA